CACAACGUUCUCCUUGCAAAUCGCCUCAGGGUCGUCCAAAGCCCCCUGCUGGACUGUACACUAUACAAAAGGACACGACUUAUACCCUAAUCUAACGCCUUUUUACGAUGUCUACCACAUGCAGGAGGAGGUUGAUUCGCGAUUUCAAGCGUCUCACCACAGAUCCACCAGGCGGUGUGUCGGGCAGCCCAUGUCCAGACAACAUCAUGCUCUGGAACGCUGUCAUCUUUGGGCCAGGUGACACCCCUUUCGAGGACGGCACAUUCAAACUGACACUUACAUUCGACGAAUCCUACCCCAAUAAACCUCCAACCGUCCGCUUUCUUUCGCGCAUGUUCCACCCCAACGUCUACGCCAACGGCGAACUCUGCUUGGACAUCCUCCAGAACCGAUGGUCCCCAACUUACGAUGUGGCAGCCAUCCUGACAAGCAUACAAAGCUUGCUCCACGACCCAAACCCUAACUCGCCGGCCAAUGCGGAGGCCGCUCAACUUUAUCGGGAGAACAUGAAGGAGUACGUGCGGAGAGUCAAGCUGACUGUCGAGGAGAGUUGGCUAGACCCAGAGGAGAGGAUCGACGAUGCCGAGGGUUCCAGUUCCUCGGAUUCUGGUGCAAACGCCGCAGCUUGAUGUUGGGGCCCCGACUGGAUCUUGCAUAUGGACUCGCGUCGUCCUUCCUUUUACUGGAACAUUAUCAUCUUAUUAUUAUCUCCUUUUCGCCGAUACGCUCGGAUGAAGAGGUAAUCCCUGGCUAGUAUGGUCCUCUUUCUGACCUGUUCUCAUUGCGGUUUCCCCUAACCAAUUCAUGUGUAUUUGUGGUUCGUAGCAAUCUAAUAGGGUUCCUUUCACCA